AUGUCGUAUUUCAAUAUCGAGGUUGAGCCCAUCCGCUAUAACAGCCGAUGUGUUGGUUUUACCGAGUGGGUCUCCUUGUUCACUUUGUGUCUUGCCCCAUUGAUCGCUCAUAUCGUAUCUGGUACACCUACAAUAUCGCAUCUGACAGAUCGACGCCCUAGAUGGUACGAUCGGCUAUGCAGCUACAACCCUACAUCUAUAAUCUGGAGAUACGCUGCGAUAGCCGAUCGGCGCAUUCGCGCUGUCCAGUGGAGUCGUCAUGACUUAGCAGCCACCAACGCGAUAUUCUGGACCUCGAACGGAUGGAAUGGCGGGGAAGAGAUGGUUACUGCCUGUGCUCCGCACUGCUUACGUUUGCCAGAGCACACCCACGUUGAAAUCGCCUCGUUGACAACGUUAAAGACCGUCAUCACAACACUCCAGGGCGUAUCGGCACUCUAUUUACUUAUUGGGGCCAUGUCCGGAGCCGCACUUCCCGGCGUCGCUAUUGGAUUCGGGAUCGACGCGGUCUUCUUCCCGUUGGCCAUUCUCGGUCUGCUGCGAUUAUGCGCUGCAAUGUGGCUAACAGAGGACUUUGUAUACCAGCGAGACGGUUUACGGAACAUCACCCCAACUGAGACAAUCGUGCAGACGCACCGGACUCUCUUGCCUAAGGAUAAUGGUAUGGAACUCGAUCGACAACCGACAGCAUUGGAACCGCUCAUAACAUCGCCAUUCGAAACAGCUGGAUUCAAAUCUCCCGCACAAUCCUGGAAAAGCCAUCUCUUUCGCAUCUUCUUCCUUCUUCUCCUUGGAGGCGUUUGGACAUUAGCUCUUCUUAUCAUUACCCCGGUGUUGGGAGGCACGCUCUUCUUCACAACGACUACCUUUGUACUCGGGUUGUUCUACUUCGUUUUCAUCACCGUUUCCCUGAUACUGUACACCUUCUACUUCAUUCGCGGUCAAACGACGACUACGAUUUUGCCCUGUAUCUCCAGCACAUGGUACCGGAUGUAUACUCUGCUGCUUAUGGGUCUUAUGGUAGUUCUCAUUGUCAUUGCAAGUAUAGAAACGAAUAAGAGUCCCACCGGGUUGUACACUAGUGCGGACUUGGGAACAGAUUUGGCAUGUGCAGACUCAAGCCAGUGGUGGCAAUUGCCGCCUUCCAGUCGGUGGAUAGGAGUUGCGACAGACAAAGAACUGGAUGAAAGGUGGCUUAUACGGAAUCAGACCAGCCUCGUUGUGAAGGGUCCUCAAGAAACGGAGUUCUGGUUGUAUAACUUCACUGGCUUCUGCACAGGACAUGUCAACGAUAUGUAA